AUGUCCCCCUUCAAAGAAAUUAACAUCGCGGAUGAAGAACGCAGCAGAGAUUUGCAAAUACCGAAGGAGUACAAAGAAUUUGCGGAGAACGAUCAAGAUUCGAAGGGAAAAGAUGAUCGAUUGAAAUCAUUGCUCAGUGAUUUCAAACGCCAGGAAAAGAAGCGAAUCGAUUCUGUCAUAUCAUGUGUCUUGUGCGUAUCAUGGAAAAAGUUUACGGGGAGAAGCAUAUUUUUGCCACGCACGGCAGCAACGUACAAACAAAGAAAGAGACUGCUCAACGUUGAUGAUUCGAUUUCACUUAUCGAUCAGGCAUUGCAGGAGAUUUUGUUUAUGUUUUCGGGAGGGCAAGAUCCUUUGAAAAACAUCACGGUAGUAGACAUUCAUUAUUGCAACGGCAGCCAAGCGAGUCCUCCGGUGACUUCUCCGUCUUAUCAAUUACCGAUAUCAACAUCAUUACUCGCAGGCAACAACUCACCACAAUCGAAAAGUUUGAAUUAUUUAUUAGAUUGUUAUUCAAGAAUUGCUGAAAUAGAAAACAGUUCAAGAAAAACUGAAAAUAGAAAUCAUCCAAAACGAUCCAGUGUAUCUUCUGUUUCUGAUGUACUGACAAUUUUGAGAGAGAAAUGUGUUCAAUGUUCCAGCCACGUUCUACAAGGAAUGGUCGGCAAUUGCCAAGGCGCUGCUGUACCUACGUACACCACCCAUCUUCUUUAUCUGAUAUUAUCGCAGAGAUUACCUCAUGGCUAUCUCAACGAGCUCAUGGCUGAGACAUGCAAGGAUCCGAGCAUAUUUAAUCAAAUUUUCACUCCUGUCUUGCAAGGCUUGUUUCUCCUGAUGCAGCGGGCGGGCUUGGUCGGCAAUACACACAGAAGACCGAUUAAUGCACUAAGCAAAUUCAUCGAAAUUUGCUGUGGUCCAAGCAACAAUAUACGUCCGAUUUGUUUUCUGAUAAUCAAUUAAAUUCAAUUUUUGCCUGAUGUUGUGACAUCAAUAGCCGGUAGAGAGCUGACAACGAACUCGUUCCUGGGACCGUUUCUUUCGGUAUCGAUAUUUACCGAGAAAGUGGCAGAAAAAUUCUUUAGUGGUGAUUCUGUCGCUGAUAAAUCGGUAAUUCUCACGCUGCAGCGAGCAUUGCAGAGUACUAGAACGUCUUUGUACAAGAUAUUUGAUGCGAUACUCUCGAAUAACAAAUGCCGCGAUGCUAUCCUUGAAUACUUGACGGUGUUGCUGCGUUGUAACGAGAAACGCGCGCAAAUACAGAUGAAGGAAGAUGCUUCGUCUUUAGCCGAAGAUGGAUUCAUGUUGAAUCUAUUAUCAAUUUUACAAAUGCUUUCUAUGAAGAUCGAUUUGAAUACUGUAGACCCGCUGUAUCCAUUUAAUUCUUCAACAUUUAUCGAAAUAAAGAAGGACGCAAUACUAAAACUCACUUUGCAAGAAGCUGCAAAAUGGCAGAAACAAUUGGAGAACACACAUAGAGGGAUGAAACCGACAUUUACGACAAAAUGUUGGUUCCUCACGCUGCAUUGUCAUCAUAUUGCACUGUUACCGGCAUUGCGAACAUAUCGGGAAACAUCGCGAGACUUACAGGAAGAACAAAAAAAGUUUGACGAAUACCAAAUUGCAAAACUCCAACGGGAAGAUAAUCUUUUGACGGGCUUAGAAGACUUUAUCGAACAACAAUGGACGCAAGAGUUGAAGCAAUUGGUUAAAUCCAAGUUAUGUGUGGAGGCAGGUCUGAUAGAUCCCAUCUUUUUGAAAAGAUGCUUCCAUUUUUAUGCAUCAAUGGCCAAAAUUUUGCUAAGUAUUCUGACGCAGACUGCUUCGGAUAGUCCUCUUCUCGAACUUUCAUUGUCUCAGGAAGUUACGCGCAAUUUCACCGCACUACCGGACAUAGGAGACAUAGUGGAAUUCUUGUUAUUCACAUCUGAAUUCUGUUCUGAAAUAAUGGAAAACAAUAUGGAUAAUUUGCUUAUCACUUUGUUACGUGUUAUCGUGUUUACGCCAGAUUGUAUACAAAAUUCAGAUCUGAUGGCACAAAUCAUCAGCAUUCUUGCUGGUCAUCUUCUCGAGGAUUGCAAAUUACGUCGUGCAAAUAAUAUUCGGAAAAAGGAAAAUAAUCAGGGAAACUACAACGGCCCCUCGACAUCGGGUGCACAGCAGGGGUCCGAACGCGAGCCGCACCCGUCCAAAGACCAGACUACGCAAGGGCAUUUAAAUGUUUCCGGAAUCAACGUACCGUUCUUAUCACCUGAAGCCAUCGUAGUAGCUCCGCGAUCCGAAUCAUUAUUUUAUGUACGGAUAGAAAAUCCUGAAUUAAAGGUGGGCUAUAUAUCUCGAUUAAAGGUGGCACACGGAAUUUAUUUGGAAGAUACCAACGUGGAAAACAUUUCGGGAAAAGCACAUUUAUAUGUCAUAAAUACUUUGGACGAAGAAGCAGAAGUACAUGUCCCGACUUUACGCUUAAAAUCGUUGGGCGAAUUGUUAGACGAUCAUAAAUCCUGA